AUGACUACUCUUAUGCGUAACAACUCUGGAUUUGGGUGGGACCCAAUUACAAAGAAGUUCACGGCUAGUGAUGAAGUAUGGGAAAAUUACUUGAAGUCCCACCCAAGUCACAAGAACCUUCAAACAGAAAGUGUUGUUAAUUAUGAUGAUUUAAAAAUUGUGGUUGAGGGUGCAACUGCUACUGGGAAUGGCUCCCUUGCAUUAGGUGUCGAUGAUACCGAUGCAACAACUUUUAGGGACGAGGAAAACCUAAAUUUUGGGAUGGAAGACUUUACAUAUGAUGCUGCCAAUGAGACAUUUGUACCACCAAGUCACUAUCAACCAUCCUUCCAACCUUCAUCACCCUACCAAUCUACACCACCCUUUGAGUCCCCUUUAGGUUUUGACGUUCCUCAAGGAAAAACAAGUCAAAACAAGCCAAGUAGAUCCGAGUAUGAAAGGAGUUCUAACUCAAUUGGUUCCACCAAUCAAGCCAAAGUUCUUGAAACCAUAUCCACCAAUUUUGAGAAAAUCUAUGCUCUAAUGGAGAAAAGAGAAAGAAAUAGAGAGAAUAGUAUUUGGGAUGCUAUGAAGGAUGUACCGAACUUGGAUGACAAUUCUCGAUACAAGGCGGUUGAAUUGUUUAAUACUAAAGUAAAACAAGACAUGUUCUUGAAGAUGUCACCCGAAGAGCGCUCAUCUUGGAUAUCCUUCAAAUUGGGAUGA